GACGGAGGACUGUGAUUGGUCAGUUUCUCUGCGUUAUUGUGCUGUUGUCAUUGCUGCUCGGCGCUGUGGGAGUAGUCAGAAUAUCCAGGACCACGACCAGAAACGUGAUUACGUAACGUGACGACGGGGUAAUUUGCUCAAGCGGUUGCUGCUGGGCGUCUGAAGAACGUCUCCUCGGCUUCAAGCUGCUUUAGUAGAUUUUCUUUGAAACCUCAACAUAGUACAAUCACAGCUGACACUUUGCAUUGCAUGUCAAGACGGCGUCGAGCUGACACCGAAAAUAGGUUGGAAGGUGGACAGGGGCUAUUGGCAGACACAUGGCUGCAGUGCAUCAACCAGGGUACCCACUCAGGGACUCACUUUACUGGGAUGAAACGGAGUGCCUAAACUACUAUGGGAUGUUGUCUCUCCAUGAGGUCUUUGACGUAGUUGGUUCUCAGCUGUCAGAGACUGACAUUGAGGUGUUAUCGUUCCUCCUCAAUGAAAUCUGUCCUACAUCACACCCUCUUGAUCCAGCAGGCUGGACAGUUGAGCCCGGUGUGGGAGAUCCAGAUGACUCCGGUGUGUCCCCGAGUCCUGAACUGCUAAAGGCCUGGAGGCGGUUAAAGCCUCAGCACUCCCAGGGUCACUUAGUGGCCUCGUGUAAGCCCACAAGCGGCCUUGAGCUGCUGUUAGAGCUGGAGAGGCGAGGCUACCUCAGUGAUGGCAACCUGGAGCCACUACUGCAACUACUGAGAAUCCUCACUCGUCAUGAUCUGCUGCCUUUAGUGUCCUACAAGAAAAGGAGGACAGUAUCUCCAGAGAGAAUUGAACAGAGUUAUGGAAUAGAAGGCAGAGAGAUGGUGUGUGCCUCUGGAAUAACACACAGCUGCAGACAGACAGAAAUACCUCUUCCAUCUUUCACACAGCAAUUGAGAACCAGUAAUUACCCUCCUAUGCCUGGGCAAUCCGCUAGGAAGAGGAAGAAGAAGAGGGGAAAUGGCUGGAGCCGCAGGCCCAAGAAAACAAGCAGACAGGACCAGCCAAUACCUCUACCAUCACCACCACCACCACAUAAAGUGUCCUGCAAUAUCCGCCUGCGCGUCCGGGCCGAAUACCUGGAGCAUGAGUCGGCCCUCCGUGACGGUGUCUCCUCGGACAAACGGCAGCCCCUGGAGCGGCAGUUUGAGUUGUUCAGCCGAGCCAACUCUCUCCUUCGUGCCAGAGACCUGGGUUCCAUUGUCUGCGACAUUAAGUUCACAGAGCUGGACAACCUCGAGGCCUUCUGGGGUGACUACCUAAGCGGAGCUCUGCUGGAGGCCCUGAAGGGAGUCUUCAUCACUGACUCCCUGAGGAUGGCAGCAGGCACGGAGGGCGUGCGCCUGCUGAUCAGUGUGGACCAGGAUGACUACGAGGAGGGCCGAAGGGUGCUCAGAGUUCAGAGAAUGAUGUCACCCAGUAAUGGUGGGCGCACAGAGACUCACUGGGCUGCAUAGGCUGAUAAGACUCUUUUUCAUGUAUUUAUAUUACCUUUGAAUAAUGGAAUAGUAGAAAAUGCUAUUGAAAGUUAUGGUUUCAGACAGAUUUGGAAGUAUUUCUUUUGUUGUUGCAAUCCAUGUAAUAACCACUAGAUGGCACCACUUACCAUUGGUUGUUUGUGUUCAUGACAGGCCUUAGUUGAAACAUUACCAUUAUUUGUGAAAGAAAAAUGAAUAACACUGGGUUAAUGUGCUUUGCCUUUGGAUUCAUGCACAGGUGCUACUUUGUAAGACACCAGGAUAUGGAUAGGAUGAAACAGGAUAUUUCAAGAUUUUUUCUUACUCAGGAGCAAGCAAGUCUGCCACAUGAUCUAGUGGUAAGCAACAUUACAUCUUUAAUAAAUAAGGUUAAGACAACUGGGCUGCAACAGAUGAUAGAAAAUACCUACUUAGUGUUCAUUUGCAUCCUCAUGGUCAAGGUUGCACACACAGACAAAUAUACAUAGACACAAACUAAAUGGGCCACAAUCGGACCAAAAUCCUAAUCGAGCAUUUAUUAAACACUUUGUCCAAAUGUAUGCAUAGAUUCUGACAUGGCUAUUGAAAUUCUGAAAUACAAACAGACUACUAUACCCAACAAACCAUGCUUCACUGUUCACGGUUGCUUGGUUUUCCUAGACAUGUUGGGCUUGAAGAAUAAUGAUAAUGCCAUCUGGCACUUAUCAUUAAUAAAACAAAUAUGAAGGACAACCCUGCCAAGAAAAGUUUCUGAUCUUUAAAAAUUUGAGAAAAUUGAGCACAGAAGGAAAAGUGGGCUUCUCUCAGUACAGAUUGACCUUUAUGUGUAACUUUGGUCCACCCAUAUACACCUAGAUAACAAACACUGGGAUUCUCAGCUCUGUGUACCAUGAUAACCUGACUUGUGAUUGCGGUGGUCAGUGGAUACGGCAGUUGCCAGUAGAUGCCAGCAGUGAUUAAGGCUAGGCCUCAGCAGACCAUGGAAGAUUCAUCAUCCCAAGCUUGUCAACAGCAGCCCGGAUAAUGCAAUGGUGGCUUGUGUCCGGGCUUCCAGCUAGGCCUCGGCAAGUGCUUCUCUCAGCAAGUAAAGCACAGGACAGUGCGUCGGUCAAUAGAAGUGAUGUUGGAGAGAUCAAAAUCAAAAGUGCACAUCCCAGCUCCACUCAGCCCUGCUAUGUAGGCCCAGUAGAGUGGCUCACAAACAGCUGUCUACUCACCCUGCUGGAACUAAUGCCUGGACUUCACUCAUAGAAGACGAUCAAUAAGGCCUCUCCUCUAAGUCCCUCCAUACAGGCACGACUUAAGCAGGCAGACUUGCUACUGUCUGAAGUCCAGGGCUCUGCAGGGCCGGGGAGAGGAAGGGACAAUAGACAUAUUUCCAUGUUUACUUUUGUGUGUUUUUGAUAAAUGAAUUUCUUAAUGUAUUGUUUACAGGAGGAAAACAUUAACUAAUUCAGGGGAAAUUUUUUGUUAAAAAAAUUGCUUUUGGUAUCGCUAUUCUGUUUGUGGCAAUUUAUAUAUUAGACAUUAUUUCUGGUGAAUAAUAAAAGGUGUGAUGGCCUUAA